AUGACGAAAGGCCGAAUGUUUCUUUUGAUUUUGAUCGCUUUGGCCCCUCCCUGCACUAGCUUGGAAGCUGAGAGCGACACAAGGGGCUCUGAAUGCUUCUGUGAAGGGUCGUCAUGCAGCGACGCUGACAGUUGUUCGGGCCUGCAGUGCUUUACCUCUGCCUCCUUACUGAAUGGUACAUGGGAGUUUCAGAAGGGAUGCAUUGUGGGUAAUCAAGAAGAAAAGUGCGGGAUCCCGCCGACUCAUGAGUUGGUAAUGGAGUGCUGCUACGGAGAUCUGUGCAACAUGAACGUGACUCUACAGCAGCGUAUUAAAGAUGUGGAAGCGUCUGCCGGCAGACCAAUCCUCCGAGAGCAGGAGUGCGCGUGCGAGGGCGCCGCCUGCCAGCCCCACCGGCGCUGCGCCGGCCAACAUUGCUUUUCCUCCCUCAAGGUGACGGACGGCACCGCCGUCCAGCAGAAGGGCUGCCUGAGGGACGACGACGUGGGCCGAGCCACCUGCGCCACGCCGCCCUCGCCGGCCCACGUUGUCAAGUGCUGCCAGGGCCAUCUGUGUAACAUGAACGUCACUGUGCAAGCUCCGGGGAAAGAGGAAGUGAAGCCCCUUGUCAAAGAGAAGCAUGAGUGCGUGUGUGAGGGCAGCUCGUGCGCUACGGGGAAUCGCUGCAUGGGAAGCCAGUGUUUCUCUUCCUUGACCGUCAACGGCGGCUCUCUGAUGUACCAGAAAGGUUGCUUUAAUGUCUACGAGCAGAGUACGAUGACCUGCAAGACUCCACCUUCCAGAGACCAGAUUGUGGAAUGCUGCUUCGGGCACUUGUGUAACCUGAACAGCACCGUGCAGCUUCCCGUCAAAGCCGACGAGCUGUCAAACUACAGCGUGACCAUGCUGGCUGUCGUCAUCGUGGCGCCCAUACUCAUCCUGGUCGUCCUCUCGGCCAUCGCCAUUCUGGUGUUCAGACGCAUCCACCACAAUCAGAUGGAAAGACUGACCUCUCGAGAUGCCGAAUACGGAACCAUUGACGGUCUCAUUGCAUCCAAUGUGGGGGAAAGCACACUUGCGGAUCUACUUGAUCACUCCUGCACUUCAGGAAGCGGCUCCGGCCUGCCUUUCCUAGUUCAGAGGACCGUGGCUCGACAAAUCACUCUCAACGAGUGUGUGGGUAAAGGCCGCUAUGGCGAAGUGUGGCGAGGCCAGUGGCAAGGAGAGAGUGUCGCUGUGAAGAUCUUCUCCUCCCGAGACGAGAAGUCCUGGUUCAGAGAAACGGAGAUCUAUAACACAGUGCUUCUAAGACACGAGAACAUCCUGGGCUUCAUCGCUUCUGACAUGACCUCCAGAAACUCCAGCACGCAGCUGUGGCUUAUAACCCACUACCACGAGAUGGGCUCCCUGUACGACUACCUUCAGCUGAGCACGCUGGACGCGUGCAGCUGCCUCCGCAUGGCACUCUCCAUCGCCAGUGGCUUGGCGCAUCUGCACGUGGAGAUCUUUGGCACCCAGGGCAAGCCGGCCAUCGCCCACCGGGACCUGAAGAGCAAAAACAUUCUGGUCAAAAAGAACGGGCAGUGUUGCAUCGCCGAUCUCGGUCUAGCGGUCAUGCAUUUCCAAGACACCAACGAACUGGAUGUGGGUAACAACCCCAAAGUGGGCACCAAGCGCUACAUGGCCCCCGAGGUGUUAGAUGACUCCAUACAGAUGGACUGCUUCGAGUCCUACAAGAGGGUGGACAUCUGGGCCUUGGGCCUCGUUUUGUGGGAGGUUGCCAGGAGGACGGUCAGCAACGGCAUCGUAGAGGACUACAAGCCUCCCUUUCAUGACGUGGUGCCCAGUGAUCCUAGUUUUGAGGACAUGAAAAAGGUGGUCUGCGUGGACCAGCAGAGGCCCAACAUACCCAACCGAUGGUUCUCGGACCCAACAUUAAUCUCCAUGGCAAAACUGAUGAAGGAGUGCUGGUAUCAGAACCCGUCGGCCCGACUGACGGCGCUACGCAUCAAAAAGACUCUGACAAAGAUCAACAGCUCGGUGGACAAAAUGAAAACGGACAUUUGA